AAAAUAGAUCAGAGAAUUUCCCCAAGUGUUGCAGCACUAUAAGGAGCAGUAAUGAGGAGGUCAAAACUUUCCUGACAGGAGUUAGGUAACUGCUGCCAGGAAUGGGCCGGGCCUCCCAGCGUGAUGAGGCAACACAGAGCCCCGGGGGUGAAUAAAUACCAGAUCGCUCUGCAUACUCGAUCAGCAGACAGCAGAGGGACUCCAAAGGGCUGACAAAGGGUCAACAGAAGAUCUGAAGAAAUCCACUUGCCCAGACAGCUGCCAUCCAUCACUGGAGCUGAAGAAUUACCAGAAGACAUAGUGGUGUUCCUCGGUGUCCUGAUACCCAUGAGAAAAAAGACCUAUCAACUCUAAUCUUCAAAAGGAUUUAAUAACUACACCACUUUGCUAAAAUGAAGGCAUUCAGCAUUGCAGUUGCAGUGACACUCGUGCUCGCCUUUAUUUGCAUUCUUGAGAGCUCUGCCCUCCCAUUCAGCGAGGUGCGAGAGCUGGAGGAGGCAGGGAGCAAUGACACUCCAGUUGCGGCACAUCAAGAAAUGUCAAUGGAAUCGUGGAUGAUGCCAAGUCACACAAGGCAGAAGCGUCAGAGCCACCUCUCCCUGUGCCGCUAUUGCUGCAAAUGCUGCAAGGCCUACAACGGCUGCGGUUUCUGCUGCAGGUUCUAGCGAUUCCCGCAAAAAACAAAGAAAUAUUAAUUUAUUACGCUUUUUGGUCUCCUUCCAAGAAAUACACAUUCCUUGACCUCUUUCUUCAUGCAUUGCCUGUGCUUACACUGUUAAGUAUCUUUUUUUUUUUUUUUUUAUGAAUCAUGGAAGAGCACUUGGAAAUAUGUAGAGCUAUUCUUUGUAUUUAUUUAGUAUGUUUUAAUAUUUUCACCCUGUGAGUCUUUUUGUAAGCUCAAUGAUGCGUACAUUUGUUUCUUAAAAACAAUUCUGAUGUGAAUAUUUCUUGUUCUUUUAAAUGAAGUCUACUAGUUUACUUGGUGUUGAAUAAAUAAUGAACAUUUGAAGCAGGUGCACUAAUAUUUGUUUGAUUGUUAAAAAAAUGAGCUUUUUCUGAAUGGGUUUUAGCUGAUUAAUACAAUUAAUAUUAUCAUCUAGACCGCUGCUUCGCCAUUUUCAGUGGGUCAAAAAUGUGUAGCUGGGAUAAAAAUGGGGUCAAAAAGUCUUCAAAGCACUGUUUGAUUUGUUCAGUUUCUUGCCUCUAUCCCUUGUUCUGUAACGUCUACUGCACAAUGUUUCAUUAAAUAAAUCUGAUUGGUUGUAAGAUA